AUGGAUGGGUCUAAUGAUGAGCAGGUACCUGAGCAGCCAGAGUUUAAUGCUAAAAGUGACAUGAAAAAUGUUGUACUAAAGAAGGAGAUGAAGUUUCCUAAUACAAAGGUAUUCAGAGUUGCUUUGAGGAAGUAUGCAAUUAAAAAACCUAUUGACAUCAAAUUCAAGUUUAAUGAGAGAACCAAGAUAUCAGUUCACUGUAAGAAUGAGUGUGGGUGGAGAUGUUAUGCAUCUCAAAUAAGUGGAGAGCUAACAUUUCAUAUUAAGACCUUGACAAAUGACUAUUCUUGCCCCAAGUCUUUUAAAAAUAGCCAAGCAACAUCAGUUUAUGUUGCUAAAAGGUUCAUUGAGGAUUUUAGCAAAAAUCCAAAAUGGAAGGUGAGUGGUGUACACAACCAUGUGAUGCAAAAUUUAUUUGUUGACCUAAGUGUAAACCAAGUGUAUAGGUCAAAGAGAAAGUCAAAGGAUUUGAUCAAUGAAGAUAAGCAACUGCAAUAUGUUGUCCUUUGGGAAUAUGCACAAAUGAUAAACACUGUAGACAAGGGGAGUAGGGUUAUACUACAGACAGAAAUGGCUGAUGAGACUUCCCAGCCAAAAUUUAGGAGGAUGUAUGUUAGGUUCAAUGCUCAGAAGUUAGGAUUUUUAAUUGGAUAUAGGCCAUUUAUAGGUUUAGAUGGUUGUCACAUAAAGCACAGAUUUGGAGGGCAAAUCUUAUCUGCCACUACCAAGGAUGCAAAUGACAACAUUUUUCCAGUAGCCAUGGUUGUUAUGGAACAAGAAAAUAAGGAGUCUUGGAUAUGGUUUUUGGAAAUUUUUGCUGAUGAUAUAGGGAGGCCAGAGGAGCUUCAGUUGGUCUUCAUUUCUGAUAGGCAAAAGGGGCUUAUACCUGCAAUAGAGACACUAUUCCCUACUGUGGAGCAUAGAUACUGUGUGAAACAUAUCUACAACAACUUCAAAGUAGAUCACAAGGGAUUGGAGCUAAAGGAUGCACUGUGGAGGUGUGCUGCUACCACAACAGUAAGAGAGUUUGAGAGAUGCAUGCAGCACGUAAAGGAUUUGGAUGAAAAGGCAUAUGAGUAUCUUACAAACAUUGCACCUGCACAGUGGACAAUGUCACACUUCACUCCUAGGGCCUUAACAGAUUGUUUGGUAAGGGGUGGGGUGCCUGCACCUAGUACCAGAUCUGGAUCUGCACCUCAGGCUGCACCCCAGCCACCAUCCUAG